AUGUCCGUAAAGUGUUCGGUUGAGGGUUGUCCUUGGAAGAUAACAGCUCAUGUUGUUGAAGGAAAUGAAAUAUUGCGAGUUUAUACUUACCAAGUUAAUCAUAAUCUUAUAGCUCAAGAUGAGUGUUCAUCUAAGGUGAGGGUUUCUUCAAAGAGAGGCGUUGUUGUUAUUGAAGAUGUGUUUAGAACAACUUCAGAAUACCUUCCCCGACAAAUUUGCAAGGAUUUUGAACGUGAUCAUGGAGUUCAAUUGACUUAUAACCAAGCAUGGCAUCUUAAAGAGAAGACAAAAGAGCGCUUAUAUGGAUCUUCACGUGCGUCCUAUGCGAUUUUGCCUUGGUUAUGCCAUAGGCUAAGGGAAAUUAACCUCGGAACUAUUGCCGAGUACACUUCUCAUGAAGGUCACUUCAAGCAAUUGUUCAUUGCCCAUGCAUUUUCAAUUCAAGGGUUCAUGAUGGGGUGUCGACCGGUAUUGGAUAUUGAUUCUUGCCACCUAAGUGGUCCAUACAAAGGAGCUCUUUUAUCUACCAUUGCAUAUGAUGCAGAUGAUGGAAUGUUCCCUCUAGCGUUGGGUAUGGUUGGUUUAGAAAAUUAUGAGGACUGGUAUUGGUUCUUGCAUAAAUUGAAGGGGAUCUUAGAUGGUCAAGAAGUAAUUAUUAUAUCAUAUAGACAUCAAGGGAUAUUGCGUAGUGUUUCGGAGUUGCUUGGGGUAGAAAAUCACGCCUAUUGUUAUCGACAUGUGAAAGAGAACUUUUCUAGCUUCUUCAAUAGGCAAAACAUUAGGGGAAAGAAAGGGAAAGAUUAUGCUUUGUUGCUUUUAGACAACAUUGCAUAUGCUUGGUUGGAUAUACACUACAAUGAGGUGUUCGAAAAACUUGUGCGUUUUAAUGCCGACCUAGCAAGACAAAUAAAGUUCUCAGCCCAGAAACACUAUCCUGUUACAGCUACCGAUGUUGGUCUCAUUUUUGGCCUUCUAACAGAAGGGCGAAUUCUGCAGGUGACCUCUACAUCAUCAGAGCAUCCAUUUGGGACUAUUCAGGCAUGCUAG